AUGAACCAGAAAUACCGAAACCGAUUAUCACUAGACAAUUGUAACUUUGUGUUUGCUGCUGCUGCUGCUGCUGUCAUUCGUGUUUAUGUCAAUGUGCGGUACGGCAAUUGUUUUGGGCAAAAUGCCGUCUGCGGCGCCACUAGUCACUUGCAGUUCAAUUCUCUUUCUCCACUCUUUAUUAUUGACGCUGUCAACGAUGAUUACAUUUCAAAAUUCAGAUUCACAAUAUACUUUGGACUGAACGAUAAAUACAUUUUGCGAAUCAUGUUGAAAAUUUGGUUUUUAUGCCUUUUGUUUUGGACGUCGGCGAUCUCGGUUCGCUCAGAUGGUUUGAUUCGAGUUCCUGUAGAAAAAAUUGAAACUGUGCGCAAUUUCUUCCAUCGUGUCGACACUGAAGUUUCACAAUUGCGUAUGCAAUAUCACAAUUUGGAAGGGCCAACACCAGAGCCACUCUCAAAUUACCUAGAUGCUCAAUAUUACGGUGAGAUCUCCAUUGGUACACCGCCACAAAAGUUCAAAGUCGUUUUUGAUACUGGCUCAUCCAACCUGUGGGUUCCAUCGAAAAACUGUAAAUUCACCAACAUUGCCUGUUUGACACACAACAAAUACAAUGCCAAGCAAUCAUCGACCUACAAAGUAAACGGAACGGAAUUCGAAAUUCGCUACGGUUCGGGAAGCCUUUCUGGUUAUUUGUCAACUGAUACGCUCGACAUUGGCGGCUUGAAAGUCAAAGACCAAACUUUUGCUGAGGCAAUCAAUGAGCCGGGUUUGGUGUUCGUUGCUGCUAAAUUCGAUGGUAUCCUUGGUUUGGGCUAUGGAACAAUUUCGGUUGAUCGUGUCGUUCCACCAUUUUACAAUUUGUACAGUCAAGGCUUGAUCAAAGAUCCAGUAUUCUCGUUCUACUUGAAUCGCGAUCCAUCAGGUAAAGAAGGCGGUGAAAUCAUUUUUGGUGGUUCCGAUCCGGCACAUUACAAAGGUGACUUCACUUAUGUACCAGUCAAUCGCAAGGCAUACUGGCAAUUCCAAAUGGAUUCGGUCACUGUUGGCGACAAGAAAUUCUGUAAUGGAGGUUGUCAAGCAAUCGCUGACACUGGCACCAGUUUGAUUGCCGGCCCAAUGGAAGAAAUUACAAGCAUCAACCGUGCCAUCGGUGGAACACCAAUCGUCAAUGGACAAUACAUCGUGGGCUGUGAUGCAAUUCCGAAUUUGCCAACAAUCGGCUUUGUUUUGGGUGGGAAACGCUUUGAAUUGAAAGGAAUCGACUAUGUGUUGCGCAUUAAUCAAAUGGGUAAAACCAUUUGCUUGUCCGGUUUCAUGGGAAUCGAUAUUCCACCACCAAAUGGACCAUUAUGGAUUUUAGGCGAUGUAUUCAUUGGACGUUACUACACCGAAUUCGAUAUGGGCAAUGAUCGUGUUGGUUUUGCUGAUGCCGCUUAAAUGCCGUCGUCGCCGCAGUCAUCGCUGUUGUUGAUCUUUCAGUCGCAACCACAAUUUUACCAAAAGCAAAUCUCUCGUCACUUACACAACCACCAAUAAGAGUGCUCGUUUAUUUCCAUUUUUUUUACACUAACAUUGAAAAACGUAGCUCUAAAAACUAACAGACAAGAAAAUAUUUUUUGUACCAAAAGAAUGAAAUAACACCUCAAUUAUAGUAGAAUAAACGAUGUCUUGUAGAAUGAACAAUGAUAGCGAAACAACAGAAACUAAAACAAAACAGAGAUAAUGGGAAUUAAUUUGGAGGCUAUAGAACAAAAAAACAUUCGGUUAAUUUUCGGGAUUGAACAUAACAAUAAAUUUUCUUUCUGCAUGAUGUACUCAACCCGAUGUGAAUAACAGUUUUGAAUAAAGAAAUUUUCACUACAAAAACAA